UAAAAAUGACAUUGGCAAUUGCAGAGGGCCUUGGAAGGUGAAGGUGAGCGUCUCUUCUUGUGUUCGGACAUUUGUUAGCAAUUAGGCUGCGAGACUGCACUGCCUCGCUAAAACAUAUGCACUCGCCCUCCCUUCGGCUCUCACUCACAAUCCCACCUCCCACCUCCCUCUCUCUCUCUCUCUCCCUCCUCUCACACACAAAACCGCUCGCUCUCAUGUCAUGUUGCUCCAAGCUGCGCAUGGUUACUGUCCAAGGUAUUAGUUUCUCUCUGGGGUUGAGGCAGAGAGGCAGCAUGUCAGAGAGGGAGAGAGAGGCUCAUGCAGACUUUUAAGAACCAUGUAGCUUAGUUCACUUCUUCCUCCUUCUUACACUUACAAAAAAAAAGAUGAAUGUAAAGAUUUUGUAAGUUCUCUGGAGGUGUGGUUUUUGUAACAGUGAUCAACCCCCAAAGAGUAAGUCAAACUUUUGUUGGUGUCUGGGCUUCCAGCAUUCCUGAGAUCUUUCACCUACUGAUGCUCUUGGAUGAUUGUGCACAGUACACUCUUGACAGUCCACCGGAUCCAAAGCUCCCCUCUUCCGCCUCUUUUUCCAGAGGACUGAAGCGCUACAGGAGCAUCCACCACUUGGGGAGGCUCUACAGAUACCUCUAAACUGAGGACAACCUAAGGACACAUCAUGAAAGAAAGCUAUUGCGGCUAUGAGAACCAACUCUUUAAAGAGGAGGACCUGACCGGGGAGGAGGAAGAGAUGCCUCCCUUCAGAGGAAGGACACGGGGCGGCUGUGUGAAGUGCCAGCAGACACACUCUCUCCAGUUGGCUGUAAAGGUGCUCUACGGCUUCUUCGCAUUCCUUAUCAUUGCUGUGGCCGUGUUGGCAUCGCUCGUAUUCAGGAAAGUUGACAGUUUAUCUGAAGAAGAGUCAUUCUAUAAAAAGAAGAUAACCAAAGUUCAGGAGAGUAUACAAGAUCUUGGCACAACCAAUAACUGCACAGAAUGCUUCAACCUUGCACACUUCCGAGAGGAGGUCAGCAAGCUGAAGAAGGAGUUUGAGGACAUCCAGAAGAUGGUCCUCAGCCAGGAACAGACUUUAGACCAGUCCUCUCAGACACAGCAGACUCUCUCACAGUCCAGCAACAGGAUGCUCAGGGACCUCCACAGCUACGCCAUCACCAUGAAGCAGAUUAACCAAUCGCUCGACCAGUACCUGGGCCAGGUGAAUGGCUGGCAGGUGGUGAUCAACGAGACUGACCUGGGCAUGAAGACCCUGGUCCAGGACCAGUACGACCUCAAAGCAACGGUGCAGCAGGUGAACACAACAGUGGGGUUGAGCGCGGUAUGGAUCGACGUGCUGCAGCGCAAAGCGGACGAGGAGACGCUGGUGCUGCAGAAAAUGACGACAGAGUGGCAGAACUACAGCCGCAUCCUGGGCACGCUCAAGUCCAACUCGAGUGCCACCAUGCAGGCGGUGCGCAGCGUCCAGAGUAGCGUCUCAGCCACGCACCAGCGCAUCACCAUGAGCUCGGAGAUGGUCCACGACCUGACGCUGCAGGUGAUGAACCUGCAGAUGCAGCUUGACAACGUCUCAUCGUUUAUGGACGAGCACGAGGAGAACAUGCACGACCACCAGUACCACUCACGCUACUAUGAGAACCGCACCAGCGAGCGCUUCAGCACGCUGGAUGCCCGCAUGAGCACCAUCGAGAUGGAGAUCGACACCAUCGCUUCCAGCAUUAAUGCCACCGUCAGCCACGUGCAGAGCAUGUACAAGUACAUCAACAUCGAGAGUUCCUCCUGCCAGACGAAGCUUGGCAGCCACACAGAGGACCUGCAGAACCUCAACAACACAGUUCUCCUUCUGCUACACCUCGCCGACACCCUGCGGACCCAGUACAUGCUUAUGAGCGUGCGGCUUGAUAUGGACGUGCGGAACCUGUCCAUGGUGACGGAGGAGAUGAAGCUGGUGGACACCCACCAUGCCCAGGCCCUUCAGAACUUCACCAUCCUGAAAGGUGCUCCAGGACCACCUGGCGCAAAGGGAAAUCGAGGAGAAUCUGGCACUAAAGGAUCUCUAGGCCGAUCUGGAAUCAAAGGAGACCGCGGGGUUCCUGGAACCUCUGGGCCCAUGGGACCGAAGGGCUUUAUCGGCCCUAAGGGGGAGCUAGGUGAGCCCGGACCCACUGGGAUCAAAGGAAACCCCGGAGUCAAAGGUGCCAAGGGAUCUUUGGGGCAGCCAGGAUCACGGGGUGACAAGGGCCAGAAGGGCGACAUGGGAGUGCUUGGGAAAGACGGACUUUCUGGUCCCAAAGGUCCACCGGGAAUACAAGGACAAGCAGGCUUACCUGGACUGCACGGCAUACCUGGGCCAAGGGGAAAACCUGGUCCUGUUGGUCCAACUGGCCCGCCUGGAACACCAGGACCCCCAGGGUUAUCCUUAUCGGAGACGCACUGACAGUCAAUUGAAAAAAAAGGAAGAAUGAGUACUUAUUUGGAAUUCCUCUAUGUGGAUCGACGAAGAAUCCACCUUUGACUUGGGAUAGGAUCACGUGCUUCUGAGCCUCAAAACUCUUAAAACCAUGGCCCGCUUUAGAAAGCAGGAGACAGUCCUCCAGCCACAAGGGUCUGCUUUAAUGUGCUGGAAAUUCACAGAGUGGGGAUUCAUUUGCCUAGAACUGGAGCAUGGAAGCAGCUGAGUGUUUAUAGAGGCAUAUUUUGUUGAUACCACAGUGCGCUCAGCAGGGGAGCCCUUCUGAGUUUACAAGGCAGAUUUUGGUUUCAAUUUCGAUGGCACUUUAACGCUUUUGAUAAAGUGUAAUAUUGUAGUCCUGUUGUUUGUGUUUGCUUUCUGAAAAACAGUCGUUCGGAGCGGGUACUCUGAAUAAAUAACAGGUUUUAAAGUCAAAAUCAGACAGUGCUAAGUAGUUAUCCAUCUACAUAAUAUUUUGAAAAACUUUAGUUACAGAAUAUCACCUGAGAAAAGUCUAAUACCUUAGCACAAAAUUGGACUCCAUAAGUCGGAUGGCUAAAACCAAUGAAUGGUGAGACAAUAGAUAGAGAUGUUUGUCAACAAGAGGAACUACCUGAUUCAGUUGGCCUUUUCUACCAUGCUGAAAUGAUCUGUAAGGUGACAGUCAAUCUGUCUGAUGUGUACAGUGUACCUAAGUAUAUGUUUUUAAAAAAACAUAUUUACUUGUUUUACUUGUCUUCGAAGUAUGACACAGUCUGUAUUCAACAUUGUUUUUUAGAUGUUGUUGUUUUCCUUAUAUUCUCCAUGCACAUAAUCUAUGAUUCAUGAUGAAAUUUAUUCCAAUAAAAUUUUUGCAGUGCAAUUGCAAACAAUAAAAAAGAUUAAUCUCUCAAA